AUGCCAGUUUUUUAUAGAGGUAAAUUAGCUUUGCUCAAAACAUAUGGUUUGUCACAAUUAAAUUAUUUUACGUACCUUGAAUCACCUAGUCACGAGGCAAUCACCAGAUUGGAAAACGUUAUUGAUUGGUUCAUGUUCAGCAACGACCGUGAGUACGACCCGUCAAAGCCAACCAAAAUAACCAUGUCCAAGAAACGUUCCAUACGAUCGAUCGACCAUAGUGGUCUCAACCUCUGGGACCUCAACGCUAGAUUCCGCGCUCAAAAGGCAUGGAUGUUCGAAGGGUUCCUCCACGAGGUAAAGAACAAUCGAGUUGUAAAGGUUUCAUUUGCCCAAUCAUGGAUGGACCAACUCAACCAAGACAAACCAAACGAUUUUGUCCGUCUCUGCAGCAGCGGGUGGGAGAAGCUCACCCAACCCUACGACAUCAGCAGAGAGGCUGUUCCCAAGCCAGCAAUGGAACCAGACAAAAGAGGAAGAUACCUCUCAAGCAAGUGUACCUCCAAAGGCUGA